AUGGCGGUCCUAACAUCUCCUCCAAACAGCCUGCCGUACGUGGUGGCUUUGAACUGCAUGGAGGGCUGCCACGCGCAAGCUGAGGCGCUCGCGGACCUCUGCGUCCUCGAGAAUGUCGGGCUCAGCGAGGGCAUGCUCGACAAGCUCGAGCGUGCUGACGUGGUGCUCGUUCAUUCGCUGCAUUACCUGCCGCGCGCCGCGCAGAGAAAGCUCUCCGCGUCGCAGCUGAUUCUGUGCCUGGGGUCGUCCGCCGACACGCGCCCCGUCGAGUCGUCGCUCGCGGAGGAGCUCGGCCUGCGAUUGGUCCACGUGGACGUGCCGCGCACGGACGAGGUCGCGGACAGCGUGAUGGCGCUGAUGCUCGGUGGUGUGGGCGGAGCAUUAGGUGGUGCGGGCGGAGCAUUAGGUGGUGUGGGCGGAGCAUUAGGUGGUGUGGGCGGAGCAUUAGGUGGUGUGGGCGGAGCAUUAGGUGGUGUGGGCGGAGCAUUAGGUGGUGUGGGCGGAGCAUUAGGUGGUGUGGGCGGAGCAUUAGGUGCACAGGAGCUGCAGCGCUCCCCGCGGGCGGCGGCGCUGAUGCGCGCGGUGGGGACGGAGCGAAGCACAGUGGAGGCCGUGCUGGCCGCCAGUGACGUGGUGUCGCUCCACGUGGCGCUCACUGAUUCGACGCUCCACCUGAUCAACGACGACACUGCCAAGCACUUCAAGAAAGGUCGGCACACGCACGGGCAGUGGGGGGAGGAGGGGGGGGUUUGUGAGGCCUUUAGGAGGUCCAUGGGCGGACGGUGGGAGAGGGAGGUGAGCCUGCCUGUUUUGGAGUCGACUCAAAAACUUCUACUCACCCAGCCCGCCCCUCACCCUUCCAGGCGCCAUGCUAAUCAACGCCAGCCACUGCUACCAGGUGCCAUGCUAGUCAACGUGAGCAGCUGCCACCUGGUGAGCGACAGUGCCAUCAAGAGGGCGCUCAAAAGCCCCUUCUCUUCCCCCUCUUGGCCCUUCUUAUUCCCGCCAGGCGCCAUGCUGGUGAAUGCGAGCAGCGCCCUCAGGAGCGCCAUGCUGGUGAAUGCGAGCAGCUGCCAUCUGGUGAGCGACAGCGCCAUCAAGAGGGCGCUCAACAGCGGCCGCCUGGGCAGCUGUGCACUGGACGGUGUUGAGGGCAACCAGUGGCUCGAGGCGUGGGUCCGGGAGUUCCCGAACGUCCUCAUCUUGCCUCGGAGCGCCGACUACAGCCAGGAGGUUUGGGAGGCGCUUCAGUCCAAGGCUGUGGCGGUGGUUCGGGCAUUCCUAACCUCUGGAAAGGUGCCGGAGGAGCUGGUAUUGGAUGAGUCGUUCGGAGGGGUGGAGGGGGAGGAAGAGGAGGAGGAGGAGGAAUCCCAAUGGCAAGCGCUACACGCACUCUUCCCUUCUUCUUCUGCUGCUCGUGCUGGUGCUGCUGCAAAUGGUGGUGAUGGUGGUGGUGGGGUAGGGGGGAAGAAGGCAGGACGGGCAGGUUGGGGAGGGCGAGCAGAGGAGGGAAGGAGGGGUGGGGGCGAUGGGAGCAAGAGUGGAUCUUCUGGAGGGAAGAAGCAGGGGGGAGAGAGGAGGGGAGACACACAGGCAGAUGCGCUAACAGCUUCUGUGGAGAAGGUGGGAAUCCCCUCUCGCCUCCUCUCAGCUCCCUCCCACCACUCCCCUCUCACACUUUCCCUCCUUUCACUUCCCCUCCGUUCGUUCUUCCUUCUUUCCGUUGAUUUGCUCCUGUCCUCUCGCCCCCAUGCUUUCUCCCCUCAACUCGCUUCACUGUACCCCACCCACGUCCUUAGCUUUCACCUUUCGCUUCCCCCUCACGCCUCCCUUUCCUCUCUCUCCCCUUCCAUCCUCCUCUCCCUGCGCCCAAACCAGCAUCUCCCGGACUGCCCACUGCAAGACGGCAUGCUGGUGGCGCUACAGCCGCUCUCCUCCACCUCCUCCUCCGCCUCCUCCUCCUCGCUCUCGCUCCCAGCAGCCUUCGCGGCAGCCUUCCCCAAGGCGCUGUUCGCCGCCAAGCGCCACCAAGGGGGGGCGUCGUGGCGGUUUGCACCGGUGGAGGGUAUAUCCACGCAGCACCCCAGCGUGCAGUUUGUGAUUGUUUGUGACAAGGAUCUGCUGGGGUGUCGGUCGGUGUUCGCUGGCGGCAAGUUCCUGCAAGCCACAGAAGGUGGCGAGCUGCUGCUGGUGAACGACGACUUGGAUCUCGCAGAGAGCUGGUGGAACUUCAGGUGCUCGUCCACGUCUUGA